CAAAAGCGACUUGGCAGGCUGCCGGCUGCAGAGCAUUGACUGUUACACAUUUUGUCCAUAUUUGAAAAAUAAAAUCGGUCUUCGUGUCAAAAUCAGCCUUCGUGUCAAAAUUCCCCGCCCCUCCAUCGACGUGCGUUCACAUUCGCGUCGUCAAUCCUUGAAGGGUGAAAAAAUAGCAAAAUAAAAAUUAAAACAAUGUUAAGAUAUCUUGCCGGGAUGUUUAUAUCAUUAUCAUUGUUCUCAAUAUUUCAUUUAUGCAGGGCCCUCAAAAGAACAUAUUGUUUGUGCUUAGCUAAAUGUUCCUUCGUUGAAGAUAUUCCGCACAAAAGCCUUAUUCAUAACAAAUUUAAACUGAAUUCGAGUGUACAAAACAGUUUCUAUGACAUUUCCCACGAUCAUUGCUACCGGUGUGUAGAUGACGUUAAAUUAAUGACGAAUUAACGACGUUAGAUCAUUGACGUGAUCCUUUACAUCAAAAGAUGUCGUCAACGCUCAAUUUCGUUGAAUCGGAAAACAAUGAGAAAGUUAUUCAAUAUCUUAAGACACAAAAGCUUAUAACAACGCCUAAUCUUCAUGCUACUGACUCACGAAAGAGGCAAGCUAUACAUAUCGCUGCGAAAAGAGGAAACCCAAAGCUGGUUUACCAACUUAUGAAAUUUGGGGCAAGCGUAGACACGACAUGUUCAGAAGGCAAUACUGCUCUGCAUUAUGCAUGCAUGUCUGCAUCAGUAUGUGCAGUUAUCAUCCUGCUUUCAGCUGGAAGUGAUUUGCAUGCCAUAAACAAACAUGGUGAAUCUCCACUAGAAGUGAUUCCUGAGAAGCACCAAAUCAAAAUAGGAUCUUUAAUAAGACAAGCAGAACAAGCAAGAAAAGCUAUAAUCACAAAGAAGAAGGGCGUGAUCGAUAAUAACAGAAAGUUUAAACUUUCUCUUACAAAAAAUGAUAAUUGCCCAUAUCCUUUACAAGUGGUGGAAGAAGAUUUAAAAGUGGAUUUCGAUGAAGUGUUAGCAAAAGGGCCAAAUAUUUGUGUUUGUAAAGGCUCGUUCAACUCAAUGCCAACUAUGGUAAAGUUCGUUACAAAUCUUGAAGCCGAAUAUUUACUUCUUCGCGAAAUCACGGUAUUAAGACAAUUACAACAUCCUAAUAUUCUUUUGGCUCUUGGGAUUGGUAAAAAUCAAACGGAAACUGAAAGCUGCAAAAUUAUAUUCGAUGCGACUAACACAUUUGGUUUCUUACAUCGUGUUAUACUCCAAACUGGUUUAGAACUAAAGUCUGCAGAUGUACUUAACAUUGGAAGAGAUAUUUCAAGUGCUCUGGUUUAUCUGCAUUCAAAAGAAUUGAUUCAUUGUUCAGUAGCAUCCUUCAGUGUUACGUUAACUAGAAGGUUAAAGGCUAAGGUAAACUGGGGAAUAUUUACAUGUGACUAUCUAAGUCAAUAUAUGUUAUUUUUUUAA